AUGUCCAUUCAUCAUCUUCCCUGUGAAAUGCUCAGAUCUGUCUUCCAAAACGUCAACUCUCAUGAUAUUCCGAAACUCAGAAAUGUCUGCCAAAUGUUCAACAAUGUCAUCAAAACCAACUACUGCUACUUGCCCCGUGUUGCAUAUCUUGUCAAAAUCUUCUCAGAAAACGGACGAAUCAUGAUCGCCAAUAUGAAGUCGGGAGAUAUCAACGGAUGCACACAGGUGCGCAGUUUCAACCAUCCAUAUAAUCUGUUCGAUUUCGACUUUAAACAUUGGAGGGAGAUUGGAAUCGUUGUGAUGGAAUUUGAGAAUAUCAAGGAAUGUGAUUCAGAAUGUGUUGAGCAAGCAUUCACGUUGGUCUUUAAUGAGAUGGUCAAAACAAGACAGUCUCAAUUGAGAAAGAUGGUGUUCACAAAUGUUCAGUUAUCUGAUAAUACUAAAUCCUCCUUUGAGGGACUUUUCAAUAUGGCAUUGAAACAAUGCGAAAAUCUGACUGUGGAUAACUCCGUUCUCCCAUUAUCGUUUGAUAUGAAGACUUUGAACCCGGCCAAGUUUGACCACUUCCGUUGGAUUGCUUCGUCUGGUUCAACUUCUGUUCCAACGACUGACAUUCUCAGAAAACUUCAAAACGAUAUGAAAGUUGCAGUAAACAAGAGAUCAUUCCUUGCUGAAAUGGAUUCUGUCACUGUCGAAGCAGCUUGCGAUUUCCUUGAGGAAUGGCUUGGCUUGCCAAUCGCAUCAUUCUUUAAUCUAUCGUUCCACAACUGUGAUGAUACCUGGAAAACACGUUUUCUGGCGGAAUGCGAGCGUCGCGAAUUAACACACAACUACAUGGAAUUUCAGUCCAGAACUCACACCAACGCACAUGUGAAAGUCAGCUUUUCACAGGAUGCUUCAACCUGUUGCAUCUGGCCAGUUUUAGAUGUUCCAGCACGUACCACCGGACAAUCAGUAUGCUACUCUCGCUACUUCAGAGACUUCUAG